AUGUGCAGUGUUGUGUUUAAAUCUGUCCACUGUAAAUUUAUUUUUAUCAAAUUGUCGUUUUACGUCAUUCCAAAAGAUGAAGGUUUAAGAAAGAACAAUAUUCCAACGAUUGUACCAAAAACUAUAGCACCUACACCGGUUAAAAAAAGAAACACCAUGAGCAGUCUUGGUUUAAAAAGAAAGCUACCUUCCCCUGAAAAACCUAAAGAUCCUGAGCUGACUGUAGAAGAGGCAUUACAUCAAGAGAUUCAAAAAUUGGAAGCCACCAUAGCUAAUAUAAAAGUUGAAAUAACAAAAAAAGAAAACUCAUUAUUAGCAGAGAUAAAUUCUUUACAAACAGAAUUUGAUGAAAAUAAAUUUACAGUGGACAGAUUUAAACACAACACUGCACAUUUUAAAUUUUACACUGGUUUUGAAAGCUACGAAAUGUUUAAACUUGUACUUGAAUAUUUACAACCAGCUGCUGACUCUCUAAUAUACUGGGGAUCAAAUACUAACAUUGAAAACACAAAAACCUAUAAUGGUAAACGUAGGCGAUCCAGAGCUACAACAGCUGAAACAGAAUUUUUUAUGAUUCUUAUUAGACUUCGCUGUGGAUUUCCUAUUGAAGAUAUGGCAAUACGAUUUAACAUGUCGACUAGUAAUGCUUCAAAAAAAACAGUAGCAGAGACAAUGCCAAAAUGUUUUAAAGAUUUAUAUCCCACAACACGUGUUAUAAUAGACUGUACAGAAAUAUUUAUAGAGAUGCCUUCUUCAUACCGCAGCCAAUCAGCUACUUUUUCCAGCUAUAAACAUCACAACACUGCUAAAGGAUUGGUAGGGAUUGCACCAAGUGGAGCAAUUACAUUCGUAUCUGAUUUAUAUGCUGGAAGAAAACAUGGUGACUCGUUAAUGGCUGAUCGAGGAUUCGAUAUUGAAGAGGAUUUACCUGAUGGAGUAACUCUUAAUAUACCUGCGUUUCUAAAAGGUAAAACACAACUAGAUUUGGGAGAAGAACUUGAAACUAGAAGAAUUGCUUCUGUAAGAGUUCAUGUGGAGAGAGCAAUUAAUCGAGUUAAAAACUUUAGAAUUUUACAGUCAAUAUUUCCAUUGUCAAUGGCACCUGAUUUAAAUAAAGUCUGGGUAAUUUGCUGUUAUUUAGUCAAUUUUCUUCCACCACUUAUGGAACAGAAUGAGGAAUAA